GAUAAUCAACUAUCGUGCCCCUGACCUGUUCCCUUGUCAUUAUAACAGAUAUGUGGGGAUCAUCCCCAGACUCUGGGACAGAAACGUAAACCAACACCACGACUAAGGGACAGACACUUUGACUGUGGAGGCGGGCAGCGUGCUGUCCAAAGACCCGGCCUGACGCACGGAGAAGGACAGACAGACAGACAGUCUGAUGCCAACUGUCUCCACUGUCAAUCUCACGGCACCACUCCUCCUCCUGUUGCUAUGGGCAACCCACCCCACCAUGGCAACCAACUGGCUCUCCCUGGCGAGGCUGCCUCGCUCCAGGCCCGUGUCCGGUGCUGCCCCAUGUGCGAGGCUGAGGGGGCUGACCCCGGGGCAGGUGGGGGUGUGCAGGGCGCGAGGGGAGGUCAUGGAGUCCGUACGCAAGGCAGCCGAGAUGGUCAUAGAAGAGUGCCAGCACCAGUUCAGGAAUCGACGCUGGAACUGUUCCACCACCCCACGUGGGAUCAAUGUAUUUGGCAGAGUCAUGAACCAAGGGACUCGUGAGGCGGCCUUUGUGCAUGCUUUGUCCUCAGCAGCCGUGGCCGUGGCUGUGACCCAAGCCUGCACCCGCGGGGAGCUGGAGAGGUGUGGCUGUGACAGGAAGGUCAGGGGGGUCAGCCCCGAGGGUUUCCAGUGGUCAGGGUGCAGUGACAACCUGUCCUACGGUGUGGCUUUCUCCCAAACAUUUGUGGAUGAACCAGAACGAGCCAAGGGGCUUUCGUCAGGGCGCCCACUCAUGAACCUCCACAACAACGAGGCUGGUCGAAAGGCCAUCCUUCACAACAUGCAGGUGGAGUGUAAGUGUCAUGGCGUCUCCGGCUCCUGUGAGUUGAGGACCUGCUGGAAGGUUAUGCCCCCAUUCAGGCGCGUUGGUGUUGUGCUCAAAGAACGCUUUGAUGGAGCCACAGAGGUUCGCCUGACUCGUAUAGGAUCCAGAACAGCCCUGCUCCCCCGUGACCCACAGGUCAAACCCCCUGCUGCCAGAGACCUUGUGUACCUUGCUCCGUCUCCAGAUUUCUGCCAUCUAGACCCUGACAACGGUAUCCCUGGGACCGCCGGUAGGAGAUGCAACGGAACCUCUCGACUGGCACCAGAUGGCUGCGAGCUGGUGUGCUGCGGGCCGGGGUACAGAGCAGGCCGGGCUGAGGUGGUGCAGCGCUGCUCCUGCAAGUUUUCCUGGUGCUGCUCAGUCCGCUGCCAGCAGUGCAAGAACACAGUCACCAUUCACACCUGCAGAGUCUAGGAGGGCUCAAACAAGACCAUACCGGUUGAGCGGAAAGAUCCAAACAAACCACGAGACCAAAACUAGUGAACACAAGACGGGAUAAUGACAACGU